CCUCCAGCACCAUAGGUGGCAGCACUGGGCCAUAAACUACUAUGUUUACCGAAACACCAUCGAAGUACUGGAUCCAGAAGUGGACUUGUUGUAGGCAGGAAGAGGACUUUCCUCAACGAAUUGUAGUGAAAUUAUGUUGCAAAGGUGACCAACCGUUCCGUAGAUGGAUCUAAAUGAAGAUGCUGUUAAUUUGCGAUGUGCACGGACAUGCUUGUGUGUUCUCUGCGGCUUGCCUGCAGCAGGAAAGUCGACGCUUGCACGGGCGGUCAACUCUCACACUGUAGAACGAGGGUGGAGGUCCGCUGUCAUUUCUUAUGAUGACUUGAUUCCCGAUGACGCUUUCAAUGUGAAAGAAGUCGAGGAUGAAGAGGAUAUGACGCGCCCGCAGACGGUAAUGACGCGUCUGAGUCCUGUUAUAUCAAUGUAGGCUACCGACAGCUGUAAAUGCUCAAACUACCCACCUGGAAUGUUUUGUGCUGAAAUUCAAUCAAAUCUGCAUUGCAUUACACCGCCUGUAAACUACUGCAAUUAGACAACAUUUUUACCUGGGGAAUCAAAAGGAAGUUAAUUAGUGGUUAAGAGCGUUGUGCCAGUAACCGAAAGGUCUCUGGUUCUAAUCCCCGAGCCGACUAGGUGAAAAAUCUGUCGAUGUGCCCUUGAGCAAGGCACUUAACCCUAAUUGCUCCAGUAAGUCGCUCUGGAUAAGAGCGUCUGCUAAAUGACUUAAAUGUAAAUGUAAAUGUAAAUGCUAUUUGAAAUAGCCGACAUAUUUUUGUCCGAAUGUAUUCCUCAUGUCACUGUGCCUGCCCAUGUCUUUCAGCAAACUAAAUGGAAGUUGCACAGACAAGCAGUGCUACAGUGUGUCGAACAGUUCCUACAGAGUCCCACAGAGCUGGGACAGCUAACCCCAAACGCCUACCAGAUCGACCAGCGACGCCUGGCGUCGUCUCCUUCACGCCGCUCAGGUCUACGGGACGUCAGUGGGCUCUUCUCAGGCUUACCCUUCACCUUUAGAUGGACCACCUCCUCCUCCACCACUCGUCAUUCUACUGGACGACAACUUCUACUAUCCAAGCAUGAGAUAUGAGGUGUACCAACUGGCCAGGAAACGUAUGUUAAAUCGAUAAGAGAAACUUUGGUUAAACUGUCAUCUUAUGGGCAGUUCCUAGCUUCAGAUUAUCUGGCGUACGAUGCGAUAAAACCCAAGAUUUUUGGAGUCCAUUACUGGGCGUUACAAGAAAGCGCCAUACAAACCGCCGGCAUAGAUUUGUCAACUAACCUGUUACAUUUUAGUCAUUUUAGCAGACGCUCUUAUCCAGAGCGACUUACAGUUAGUGAGUGCAUACAUUUUUCAUACUGUUCUUGGCAAUACUUUCUUCGUUCUUGAUUCGGUAAAAAAAAAAAAAUUCUUAGAAAUGUCCGUUUCCAGUUACAGGUGGUUCUACACGAAAACUCAAAGAUGUUUAAAUCCUUGUUUUGUUACCGAGUGAGGAGGCUGCCGCACAUCUAGCCUUUCCCAGCAUCUUUACAGGAACUAGACGUGGCCGCUUGUAGAAGUAGAUGACAGCGCGUCACACGGUGCGACCAAAACAAAAGAUCUACACAGUUGCAAGAUGCAUAUCUCACUCGAUACAAAACAUGUCCCACCUAGCAAUCUUAAGGUGAAUGCACUAACUGUAAGUGGCUCUGGAUAAGAGCAUCUGCUAAAUGACUUAACAUGCCAAAUGUAAAUGUAGAACCACCUGCAACUGGAAACGGACAUUUCUAAGAUACUUUUUUCACCGAAUAAAGUAUUGCCAAGAACCUGGUUACUUGACAAAUCUAUUUUUCCAGUAAAUGUUUUUAAUUUAUUUACUGUGUCAAUUGUUCAAACCAGUAGUCAUCGUGCAUAGAAUUGUAUGUAUGGUUUGUUAAACGUUGAAAUCAAUGGUUUUUGUUUGGCAUACGUCUUAAAGUGAAAAAGUCAGAGUCUCAGCGUAAUUCCGUUACAGUGGAAUUACGUUAUGUGGUCAUUUUAAUGAGUUGGUCAUCGUAGAUAUUGUUUGUCUACCUUGAUAUAUUUUCUCUUUGAAACAGACUCUGUGGGAUUCUGUCAGGUGUACGUUCAGUGUCCUGUGGAGGCCUGCGUCAGGAGAAACCAGCUGAGGCCCCAGCCCUUACCCAGUGACGUUAUAGUAGAGAUGGCCAAGCGCAUGGAGCCUCCCAACCCUCGGAGAAACCCAUGGGAGCAGAACAGUGUCACUCUGGACAGCAAAGACCACUUCACCAUAGAAUACAUGUGAGUGAGUCCAGGAAAGAGUCCCCUUACACAAGCAGUCAGACAGGAAAUGUGAUGUUAACAUAUAAUCCUGUGUUACUAUUUAUGUAAAUGAGUCUUAUGUUUCACUGUCUCCUUCAGCCAAAGGUUGGUGAAGGUGAUCUCUACGGCGUUGGAGAACCCAUUGAGUCCAGUCCAGGACAACACUGAGCGAAAGGUAUGUUCUGUUAGUUCGUGGAACCCACUGCCACUUCCACAGGACAUCUCUGUGAAACCCUCCUGUAUUCUUCAGGAGGCAAAGCAACUUACAUUAUGGUGAUGAGCAAUUUUGACCAUGUUAACGUGACCUCUGCUGUAUCCUAUGUUCUGUGGGAGGUUGACCGUCAGAGCUGUGCUGUAUCCUAUGUUCUGUGGGAGGUUGACCGUCAGAGCUGUGCUGUAUCCUAUGUUCUGUGGGAGGUUGACCGUCAGAGCUGUGGUGUAUCCUAUGUUCUGUGGGAGGUUGACUGUCAGAGCUGUGGUGUAUCCUAUGUUCUGUGGGAGGUUGACCGUCAGAGCUGUGCUGUAUCCUAUGUUCUGUGGGAGGUUGACCGUCAGAGCUGUGGUGUAUCCUAUGUUCUGUGGGAGGUUGACCGUCAGAGCUGUGGUGUAUCCUAUGUUCUGUGGGAGGUUGACCGUCAGAGCUGUGCUGUAUCCUAUGUUCUGUGGGAGGCUGACCGUCAGAGCUGUGGUGUAUCCUAUGUUCUGUGCGAGGUUGACCGUCAGAGCUGUGGUGUAUCCUAUGUUCUGUGGGAGGCUGACCGUCAGAGCUGUGCUGUAUCCUAUGUUCUGUGGGAGGCUGACCGUCAGAGCUGUGCUGUAUCCUAUGUUCUGUGGGAGGUUGACCGUCAGAGCUGUGCUGUAUCCUAUUUUCUGUGGGAGGUUGACCGUCAGAGCUGUGCUGUAUCCUAUGUUCUGUGGGAGGUUGACCGUCAGAGCUGUGGUGUAUCCUAUGUUCUGUGGGAGGCUGACCGUCAGAGCUGUGCUGUAUCCCAUGUUCUGUAGGAGGUUGACCGUCAGAGCUGUGCUGUAUCCUAUGUUCUGUAGGAGGUUGACCGUCAGAGCUGUGGUGUAUCCUAUGUUCUGUAGGAGGUUGACCGUCAGAGCUGUGUGUCCAGUGUGAUCCACCAGGCUGACCAGGCCUGCAGACGCCUGGUCUCACAGGCCAUGCAGGGGGCCAGAGGUCAGUAUUCAUCCUUACUAUGAUCCUUAAGGCACACACACUGAUAGCGUUUGCCGGCCGAGAGUACUUAGCAACUCUGAACAGCGCCAGCCGUAAUUUACAAACCGAUUGCAAGCGGAAAUGUCGGCAGUCAAGACGCCCACCGGCAGUUGGUCCCUAAAACACACUGUGGCGAACGAACGGCGAACAAAGGGCAGAUGAACAGUAGACGGACAUUAGGUCUGGUGUGUACGCUCCCUUAAAGGUAGACUCAGCGAGAUGACGUUGCAUGCACCAAGUAAACACAAUAUCCGCUCCAUUUCCGCAACAACUAAGAGCGUUGAAGCGCGAUGCUAAACUUCUCCUCUGUUUUGGUCCCGUACCAACCACGUUGGAGCAGCGUGAAAAAGCAACUCGUGCACAUGCCAGAUACUCUGUGACUGUGUGAGAGCACGAGAGCAAAGUCUUGCAUCGCGCUCAUCUCAAAAUCUUUGUUACAUUUACAUUUACAUUUACGUCAUUUAGCAGACGCUCUUAUCCAGAGCGACUUACACCUUAUAGCCAGUGGGAUCACCACCUUUAAUGUUUUUUUUUUUUUUUUUUUUUUUUGGGGUAAGGGGGGGUAGAAGGAUUACUUUAUCCCACUUGUUGCAACGUCAUCUUGCUGAGUCUUACCUUUUAACAUAAUCAAGAGUUCAUAGAGGCAAGGCAUGUUUUAUGUUUCACAGAGAAAAUGAAUGAUCAUGUUUAUAUUGUAGGUUUCUAAGUAGUACGUUUCUUGACUCACUGCCUCCCUACUUUUUUUAUGAUCACCAAUAUAUCUCUACUCUUCUUCCUCGAUGUUCAGAUCAUAAACUUCCCCCAGAGAGGAUGAGGUCUCUGGCAGCCGAGUUCAAUGAAUCCAAAACCAGAUUUCUCCAGGACCUGCGGAAACAAGUUCUCCACAGCCUUCCCCUAACCCAGGGAGAGAGCAUCGAGGUGGAGCAGGUUGUGAACCGAGCCGUGGACGUCUUCCACAAAGAGAAACAGGAAAUCAUUGCAAGAUUCCUUCCUCCUUAUGACAGAAUAAAUGCAACAGAAAAUGAGGGAUAGAUGAUCGCCAUUAUGUAACUUUCAUUGAUUGUAUUGUCUCUUGUUCAAUUAUUUGUUUACAAAUGUGAAUAUGUUCUUGAAUGUAUCAUUUUCCUUGUAACCUUUUGAGUUGGAUAUAAAUGAAGACACCACACAGUCAGCUCCCUGAAAUAGUAUUUUAGGAUGUAAAUAAAUAAAAGCAGAGCUUUUGGUGAAGGUGAAUUCAUCACAAGUUGUAGUUUUUAAUAGAAGUAGCUACAUUAUGGUCUCACAGAAGUUGUUCCUGAGUGGACAUAGCUGCAUUCUACUCUGAUAAUUUGUAAUAACCACAUUGCAAUUCAAAUACAUCUGCUGAACAAUUAAUCAAAAUGGCCACUCAGACUAUUUACAUUGACCCCCCUCCCCCUUUGUUUUUACACUGCUGCUACUCGCUGUUUAUUAUCUAUGCAUAGUCACUUUACCCCGACCUACAUGUACAAAUUACC